AUGCCUGCUUUGCCUCGUCGGUAUAUUGGAGCUUAUUUGAGCGAUUGUUUAUUGAUUCAGUCUUGUGGGAGCUUGCAUUUUGUUGAGAGCGCAAGUGUGGUCACUCGAUUUGAUGUGUACGAGAUGAGGAGUGAUUAUUCGGAGUGGUUUGUUAAGUACCGAGUGAACCUCUCGCCGGUGGUUGCCGCCAAUCGGGAGAUGGUUUUUGGUUAUGUUAAUCCGGUGGGAUGGUUUGACUUGGUUUUCUCUGUCUUGGGCAUUGUACGUGGCGAACGCGAGGAGGACUCGUUCUUGGUUUUGCAGACCCCAGCAAAAAUCAUUAGGUACAAUCUCAUUUGCGGGACUUUUGAAAAUCUUUAUGAGUUUGAAGAGGAUGUUGUUGUCGAGGGCUCUCUUAGAUAUCCUUGUGUUGGUGGAUUCGAGUACAUUGAGUCUUUAUGUUGUGUGUAG